AUCGGUCCUUUAGUCGGAAAAAAUAAAAGUGUCUGGGUCGGUAUACUUGAAGUGUCGGGUCUGUGAAAAUUGCGACAAAAUCAAAUAGCUGCUCAUAGAAAGAAGAGCUAACUUUGAAGAGUUUUGCGGGAGUUUCACCGUUCUUUGCCUGGUUGAUCUCUGAAGCCCUGUGACUUCCUUACCUGUGCUUCCCUGUCAUGUCUGAUAACGGAGAGCUGGAGGACAAGCCACCCGCCCCCCCGGUCAGAAUGAGCAGUACCAUCUUCAGUACAGGAGCCAAGGACAACCUGUCAGGCAACCACAGCACCAAGCCCCUGCCCUCCGUGCCCGAGGAGAGGAAACCCCGCAACAAGAUCAUCUCCAUAUUCUCUGCAGAGAAAGGGAAACGGCACAAGGACAAGGAGCGCCCAGAGAUCUCGCCUCCCUCAGACUUUGAACACACUAUUCAUGUUGGUUUUGAUGCAGUCACAGGGGAAUUCACGGGCAUGCCCGAGCAGUGGGCCCGCCUGCUCCAGACCUCCAACAUCACCAAGUCCGAACAGAAGAAGAACCCCCAGGCUGUGCUGGACGUGCUCAAGUUCUACGACUCCACGGGCAACGGCAGGCAGAAAUACCUCAGCUUCUCCUCCUCAGAUAAAGAUGCAGCGCCUAUAAAGAAGGGCACGGAGCCUUCACCUCCGCACGCCAAGGACCAUGAUGAUGACGAUGACGACGAAUCCCCGCCCCCAGUUGUAGCGCCACGUCCUGAGCACACCAAAUCUGUGUACACCCGCUCCGUCAUCGACCCCAUUCCUGCACCUGCAGCCAGCGGCGACGCCGCAGACUCGGCCUCCAAAGCUGCAGACCGACAGAAGAAGGGCAAGGGCAAGAUGACUGAUGAGGAAAUCAUGGAGAAACUGAGAACCAUAGUCAGCAUUGGCGAUCCCAAGAAGAAAUACACGCGAUACGAGAAAAUCGGACAGGGAGCGUCUGGUACCGUGUACACAGCCAUUGAUGUUGCUACAGGCCAAGAGGUGGCCAUCAAACAGAUUAACCUGCAGAAACAGCCCAAGAAGGAGUUGAUCAUUAACGAGAUUCUGGUGAUGAAGGAGCUUAAGAAUCCUAACAUCGUCAACUUCCUUGACAGUUUCCUCGUCGGGGAGGAGCUGUUUGUGGUGAUGGAGUAUCUGGCUGGAGGCUCGCUGACCGACGUGGUGACAGAGACCUGUAUGGACGAAGCUCAGAUCGCAGCAGUCUGCAGAGAGUGUUUACAAGCGCUGGAGUUCCUGCACGCCAACCAGGUCAUCCAUCGAGACAUCAAGAGCGACAACGUGCUCCUGGGAAUGGAUGGCUCUGUUAAACUCACCGACUUUGGCUUCUGUGCCCAGAUCACCCCUGAGCAGAGCAAGCGCAGCACCAUGGUAGGGACACCGUACUGGAUGGCCCCCGAGGUGGUGACGCGUAAGGCCUACGGACCUAAAGUGGAUAUCUGGUCCUUAGGAAUCAUGGCCAUUGAGAUGGUGGAGGGUGAACCUCCUUACCUCAAUGAGAAUCCCCUGAGGGCGUUGUAUUUAAUUGCCACCAAUGGCACUCCAGAACUGCAGAACCCAGAGAAACUGUCACCCAUUUUCCGUGACUUCCUGAACCGUUGCCUUGAGAUGGAUGUUGAGAAGCGAGGAGGAGGAAGAGAACUGUUACAGCAUCCUUUCCUGAAGCUGGCAAAGCCCCUGUCAAGCCUCACCCCACUCAUCCUUGCCGCCAAGGAGGCCAUGAAGAGUAACCGCUAGCCUGGAAUCUCUCUGAGAAAAUGUGCCAAUGUCCAAACUUCUUUACCCCAUCUAUCCCUCUGAGAACAGUUUCUCUACCCCCCCCGCCCACCCCGCGUGGAGAUCUUCUCUCGCCCUUUCUUUAAGGACCCGUUCUACUCGGCCCAAAGGACAUUCGCCAGGUUCCCUUUGGACCACGGACUCGCACAAUCACCGACUGCCAUGCCUUUCCCUCACCAAACUCUCUGCUUUUCUCAGACAAACAUCCGAGAUCCCAGCCGAGAACGAGCCGUCACAGGCGGGCCAAAAUACCACAGAA